AUGCCUCAACUGGACAGAGAAAAGUUGUGCUGCUCGAUCUGUCUGGAUCUACUGAAGGAUCCGGUGACUCUUCCCUGCGGGCACAGCUACUGCAUGAUCUGCAUUAACAACCAUUGGGAUGGAGAGGAUCAAAGGGGGGUUCACUCUUGUCCCCAGUGCAGGAAAACCUUCAUACCGAGGCCAGUGCUGGGCAAAAACACCAUGUUAGCAGAGUUGGUGGAGGAGCUGAAGAAAACUGAGCUCCAAGCUGCUCCUCCUGUUCAUCACAACUAUGCUGGACCUGGAGAUGUGCCCUGUGAUUUCUGUACUGGGAGGAAGCAGAGAGCCACCAAGUCCUGUCUGCAGUGUCUGGCCUCCUACUGCGACGACCAUCUCCAGCCUCACUAUGAUUCCCAGGCCUUUCAGAGCCACAAACUGGUUGAGGCCUCAGCAAACCUCCAAGAAAAAAUCUGCUCUCUCCACAACAAAGUGAAGGAAGUUUUCUGUCGCAGUGACAAGCAGUGUAUCUGCUACCUCUGCUCUAUCAGCGAACACAAAGGCCACGACGUCGUGUCACUGGCAGCAGAGCGGGCCGAGAGGCAGAAUGAGCUCGACCCAUGUCGGCAAAACAUCCAGCGGAGAAUCCAAGACUUGGAGCAAGAUCUGACAGUGCUUCAGAAGCAGGUGGGGGUCAUCAGCAGUUCUGCCGAUGAAGCAGCAAGGAAUAGCCAGACGGUGUUCAGCCAGCUGGCCCAACUCAUCGCGAGACGAAGCUCCGAAGUGCAGCAGCAGAUCAGAAUCCAGCAGGAAGCAGAAACACGUCGGGUCAAAGAGCUCGAGGAGAAGCUGCAGAACGAAAUCACCGAGUUAAAGAAGAAAGAAAGGGAGCUGAAGCAGCUUUCAUACACCGAGGACCACCACCACUUUCUACUCACUUUCUACUUGCUGUCAGCACUCAGCAAAUCUACACACACCAGCAUCAACGUCCCUCCUCCGAGCUUUGAGGAGGUGACGGCGGCGGUAUCGCAGCUCAAAGACAAACUCCAAGACCUUCUGAGUCAGGGCUGGACCCAAGGAGAGGCGCCGCUGAGACCAGCAGAGCUCGAGGGUUCAGGGAAGCAACCGCAUAUAGUGCCAGCACCAACAUCCUUCAUAACAAAAGAAGAAGAAGUCAAAUCGGCAGCCUUCCAACAACAACUACGUGUGGUGCCACCACCACCAGCACCGCCAUCUUUUGUGACAAAAGAAGAAGAAGUCAAAUCAGCAGCCUUCCAACAACCACGUGUGGUUCCACCAGCAGAGCCCAAGAGUUUCUUGAAACAACCCCGUUUUCCACCAGCACCACAUCUAACAGCAUCAUCUUUUCUGGCAACAGCAGCACGCAAAAAUUCAUUGAAACAACGUGUGGUGCCUCCAGCAGAGCCCAAGAGCUUUUUGAAACAACCGCAACAACAUUUGGUGUCACCAACAUCUUCAGUGCCACCAGCAGAGCCCACGGCUUUGGCUCCACUACACCCAGCUUUGGUGACGCCGCCGCUACCUUUUGCACCGCUGGCAGAGCCCAAGACCAGAAACGAAUUCUUACAGUAUAUGUGUCCAAUCACGCUGGAUCCAAAUACAGUGAGCAAAUGGCUGUCACUGUCUGAGUGGAACAGGAAGGUCACGUACAUGAAGAAGGAGCAGUUGUACCCUGAUCACCCAGAGAGAUUCAGUGACAGCCUUCAGGUCCUCAGCAAAGAAGCUCUGAGUGGACGGUGUUACUGGGAGGUGAAGUGGAGCAAGUUUGUUGCUAUAGCGGUCGCCUACAAGAGCAUCAGCAGAACAGGAAGUGAGAGUGGAUUCGGAUUCAACGACAAGUCGUGGGCGUUGUGGUGUCACAAUAACGAAUUCAGACAUGACAGCACCAUCAUGUUCCUACAGGUCCCUCAGUCCAGCAAGAUCGGGGUGUACGUGGAUCAGAGCGCAGGUAUCCUGUCCUUCCACAGCGUCUCCGACUCCAUGACUCUCCUUCAAAAGGUAGAGACCACCUUCACGGAGCCCCUCCACGUCGGACUCUGGGUUUGUUCGGGAUCUGCCAAGUUGGUUCAGCUGCUGUAG